AAAUCUUAAAUUGUUUACUAUUAAACAUCUUGAUCGUAAAAAGUAAUUAGUAGUUAGUUUGUGAAUUUAUAAUAUGGCGCGUGGAAAUUUUAUGUUGUAUAAUCGUGACUCUUCAACUCAUGACAUUUUCCCCUUCUAUCUAUUUUACCCAUAUGCCCUUAUAUAUAGUAAUAAAGUAUUCUAGACUAUAAAGUAUAAUACUUAUCAAUUUAUAUGUCAUAUCCUGGUCUUGUUAUUAUUUAAUAUUUACGGAGAGUUUUUUUGUCGCAUCCAUUGUCAAUUAUUCAUGAGUUUAUUUUCAUUAUGCUCUCAAUAUUUGUAUGAACUGUACCAUUGUACAAUUCAUACUGUCUGGUUAGCUUAAAAAUAAUAUCAAAGAUCAAACUAUUAAGGUGGCCGUUCGCCAUAAGUAGAAAUGAAGUUAAAUCAAGAGUAUUGGGUGUCAGAACUACCCAAAUCACUUACAUUUGUUCCUAUUACACAAUUAGCAAUUCCAGGAUCUCACGAUUCAUUUUCGUACACCAUCACUCCACAUAGUGAAUUAGGGCCAGAUGCAUCAAGACUUGUAAAAUAUUUAAACUGCCUAUUAGGACCUGCCAUGCGACGAUUCGUCUAUAAAUGGUCUAUAACUCAGACAUGUAAUAUUCAAACUCAACUACGUCUUGGAAUAAGGUAUUUUGAUUUAAGGAUGGCAACUAAACCAAAUGAUUCCAAUUUUUACACAGUGCAUGCACUUUAUGGUGAUCCAGUUAUAAAGGAGUUGGUGAAUAUAAAGGAAUUUUUGGUGACACACACCAAAGAGAUUAUCAUAUUGGAUUUUCAACAUUUUUAUAAUUUCUCAGAAGCUGAUCACAAUCGAUUAUCCUCAGUUUUGAAAUUACUAUUCCAUAAUAUGAUUUGUCCUUAUUUAUAUCCAGUUGAGAUGCUUGACUUAGAUACAAUGAGGGCAAAUAAUUGGCAGGUAAUUAUUGUUUAUAGACAUACUCAAGAUGACAUAUUUUGGCCAUCUUCACGUUGGCCAACACCAUGGCCACAGACUACAUCUUACAAAAAAUUAAUAAGAUUUUUAGAUUGUGGUCUCAAACAAAGAAAACCAAAUGCAGGAUAUGUAACGCAAUGUCUUUUUACUCCUGAUGUAAAGUUUAUAAUGAGAUAUUUUUAUUUAAAUCUUCAAAAUUGUUGUCGUCCAUUAAAUAUUGCAAUACCUAAAUGGAUAAAUAAUCAAAAAAUAGGUUACAAGCAUGGCGUAAACGUCAUAAUUGCAGAUUUUAUUAACAGCAAUGACUUUAAUUUUUGUGAUAUUGUUGUCCACCUGAAUUAUAAAUGUUUGGACAUUUAAAAAAAUACAUAUGGUUUUGUUUAGAAUAAUU